UCGCCGGCGUCGAAUCAAUCAACCCCCUCCCAUCUAGAAGCAGCAGAGCAGCCGCCGGCCGGCAUGGAAGGGCUCAACGUCGACGAAGUCUUCCAGCACUUCCGCUUGAACCCUACAGAGGUGGAGGCCGUCACUUACUACCUUCCACGCCUCAUCGCCGGCGAGACGCACGGCGCCGAGAAGCUCAUCCACGACGCCCACGUCUACGACUGCGAGCCCAAGGAUCUGGCCGCCCGCUACGCGCCGGUGCCGCAGGCGGUGAGCAGCGGCGACCGCUUCUUCUUCACCACGUGCAAGCGCGCGAAGGGAAGGACCACCCGUUGCGCGCGCAAAGCCGGCGGCGGGACCUGGACCGUCAACACGACCACGGUCGUCACGCACGCGGGAGUCGACGUCGGCGAGAGGAAGAACCUGUCCUUCAAGAAGCAGGGCAAGUCCACCGGCUGGGUCAUGGAGGAGUACCGACUCCUGCCGCCGCCAGAGGCCGUCGUCGCCGACGAGGAGAAGGUCUUCUGCAAGAUUCACUUGUCCCAGCACGCUCCUGACGAGGCCCGCCGUGAAUCGGCCGCGUACAAGCAUCAAGGAAGAGCAGAGCUCGUGCCACGACCCGCGCCGCAACCAGAGCACGCAGGAAAGAGGCCAGCGCCGGGUGCCGUCGCGGAUCCUCAUCCGCCGCGCCCCAUGAAGAGGAUCCGAGUUGAUGUCCCCGUCCCGGAACCUGCCACCCCGUCGUUCACCGCCGCAGCACCGGUCUCCUUGCCGGCUGAGCCCAUACCUGAAGCUGAGGACGACAUGGCCUGGCUCUCUUGCACAAUGGAAGAACUUCUCGGGGAGGUACAACUGGAGGAAACUCUCCCGGUCCAAGCUAGAAACAGCAUCGAACAGAAUUUCUACUCUGAAUCACAGGAGCCGCAAAAUCUUUUCGCUGAUGCUGAAGAAGAAAUCGUGGGGACUUCCAAUGCCGCGGCCGAUCUUCAAGCUCCAUUUGAAGCAGAGUGUCAGGCCGAAGAGGCGCUCGACAUGGAGAUGCUUUUCGCUAUGACGGAUGAAGCAGCAGCAGAGCAGGAGCGGCAGGCCGUCUCGACGAACGACAACUCUUCCAUCGUCCAAGACAAGCCGAUCUUCCUCCAUCCAUCUGAAACAAAGUGGCAGGCGGACAAUGCCGCGGCCGAUCUUCAGGCUCCAUCGCUUCAGGGAGACGACCACCUGUUCAACUCGCGGCCGAGCUUCUCCGAUCCAUUUGAAGCAGCGUGGCGGGCCGAAGAGGCGCUCGAGAAGGAGAAUGCCGCGGCCAAUCUUCAGGCUGGACCGCUUGCGGGACACAACGACUUCUUCUGGUCUUCAACUGUAUAUUGAAUCUGAUGUUGAAACUCUUAGUGUAUUCAAGUGUACUAGAGGAUUCUCAGUCGCCGGUACAUUAAUCCGUCCUUGUACGAUCGCCACGGGUUCUGCACCUCUGAACCUCAGAGCAAUUUGCUCCACUGGUUGAUGUUGUUGCGCCAGUUAUUGAUGUUCUGAACCUCGUGUUCGCUGUUUUUUAACCUGUAUGUAUGCUGCAACUCGUAUAUAUUUCGCACAGUCUCUCGCAGUUGCAAACGUUAUAGUCUGAACUUAGAGCUUAUCUCUUGGUCAAUUUUGGUUCAUGUUCCACUACUAAGAUUUGGUAGUGACUUGGUUCAGUUCUUUGGAAUUCUUAGCUUGUGAUCCUUUCAGUUUUUCUUUUCGAAACGGAGGCAAAAGAUUUGCCUCAUCCAUUAAAUAAGGGAGAAGAGAGUUUUUAGAUUGUUACAAUGCCCUCACAGAAAAAAAAAACGGCAUGCCAAUUACUCACGCCAUACAAAGCAUGGGCAACUUUGGCACAUUACUUGCCCUCUGGUGUAGUGGGCAGUUUAAAACACAAGGCCUUCUGACUUAUGACUUGAAAGAAUGAUUUACCCUUGCAACGCUUAGUACCAGUCGAACUGGCCAACCCAUCUCAGACUUCUGGUUCAAAGGA